UCCGAGACAGCCGCCAGUCGCGGAGACUCAUCCUGCUCAUCGUCUUCAUCGCGCUGCUGCUGGACAACAUGCUGCUCACCGUCGUGGUGCCAAUAAUUCCCAGUUACCUCUACAGCAUCAAACACCACAAAAAUGCGACUGAAAACCACACUGUUAGGCCCAAGAUAGUUUCAUCAACAUUGGACAGUUUUCAGAGUAUCUUCUCCUAUUAUGACAACUCUACAAUGGUUACUGGAAAUCAGUCUGAUAGGACAAGACUGAAAGAUUGGUAUCUUGCUCAGACAGAACAAAUGGUUUUAAAUGUGACUGAUACACCCUCAGAUUGCCCUAAGGAAGAAGACAAGGACCUUCUAAAUGAAAAUGUUCAAGUUGGUUUAUUGUUUGCUUCUAAAGCAACUAUGCAGCUAAUCACUAACCCUUUCAUAGGGCCAAUGACAAACAGAAUAGGUUACCAGAUCCCAAUGUUUGCUGGCUUUUGCAUCAUGUUUGUGUCAACCAUUAUGUUUGCCUUCUCAGGAAGCUACACAUUACUGUUCAUAGCAAGAUCUCUCCAAGGAGUGGGAUCCUCUUGUUCUUCUGUGGCUGGCAUGGGCAUGCUGGCCAGUGUUUAUACAGAUGAUGAAGAGAGAGGGAAUGCAAUGGGGAUUGCACUGGGAGGCCUUGCUAUGGGAGUUUUAGUGGGUCCACCUUUUGGGAGUGUGAUGUAUGAGUUUGUGGGAAGGAGUGCACCUUUUCUUGUGUUGGCAGCAUUAGCUGUGUUAGAUGGAGCUAUUCAGUUAUUUGUUCUACAGCCAUCCAGAACACAACCAGAAAGUCAGAAAGGAACACCACUACUGACCCUCUUGAAGGAUCCAUAUAUCAUUAUUGCGGCAGGCUCAAUCUGCUUUGCAAACAUGGCCAUUGCUAUGCUGGAACCGGCACUGCCCAUUUGGAUGAUGGAGACCAUGUGUUCAAGAAAGUGGCAACUUGGCAUCGCUUUUAUUCCAGCUAGCAUCUCUUAUCUUAUUGGAACUAAUAUUUUUGGGAUACUCGCACACAAAAUGGGAAGAUGGCUUUGUGCUCUGCUUGGGAUGAUAAUCGUGGGAAUAAGCAUUUUAUGUGUACCAUUUGCCAAAAACAUAUAUGGGCUCAUUGCACCAAAUUUUGGGGUCGGUUUUGCCAUUGGAAUGGUGGAUUCUUCCAUGAUGCCAAUUAUGGGCUACCUUGUAGAUCUGCGCCAUGUUUCAGUCUAUGGCAGCGUGUAUGCAAUAGCUGAUGUUGCCUUUUGCAUGGGGUUUGCAUUAGGUCCGUCUGCUGGCGGUGCCAUUGCCAAGGCCAUCGGUUUCCCAUGGCUCAUGACAAUUAUAGGGAUUGUGGAUAUUCUCUUUGCUCCUCUGUGUUUCUUCCUUCGAAGUCCUCCUGCCAAGGAAGAAAAAAUGGCAAUACUCAUGGAUCACAAUUGUCCCAUUAAAACAAAAAUGUAUACUCAGAACAACAUCCAGUCCUAUCCCAUAGGCGGCGACGAUGAAGAGUCUGAAAGUGAUGAAUGAUACCAAGAGCCAUACCCAGUAUUUUGGUGUUCAAAAAGCAGUGUUUCAUGUGAAACAUUUCAUCCAGAAAUAUGUUUUAGUUUUACUGUACUUUUAAUGGUGAAAUAGUCAAGAAACCAAAGGUAUAUUAUUAAUUUCUGAUGGCUAUAAAGCAGACUGCUAACUGCCUUAUGAAGAGGGAAAAUACAAAGCUUUUAUAGGGGUUUGUAUAAACAGUGUUAAACUUCAUGUAUUUAAUUUUAUUAAAUAUUAUACAGUAUAUUUUUGAUUAAAUGUGUAGUAUAAAUCUAUAUAUAGUUUUUUUAAAGUUCACUUGUGGACACUUUCACACAAAACUCCAUAUUAUGCUUAGAGUCAUUGGUGGGGCAAAGUCAAGUCAGUAAAACUCAAUUUAUUCCGCAGAUUGAAAAAAAAAAAAAAAAAAAAAAGUUUGAGGAUGACACAGCUAUCCCUUCUUGAUCCUUUUUUAGGGUUAGUGCGCUCCUUCAGGCACACGCAGACUAGGAUGAUGAGACAAUGUUGUGUAGGUUGGGGUCAUGCAGGGCCAGCUUUUUAUUUCUUUUUGACAGAACGCCUCUGCUGACUCCAGAGGUGAGCUCUGCUUACAAAACUGGUGGCACAGUGAGAGCACUGGGUAGGGAGGGAAGAAAUACCCCACUUUUUUCCAAACACUUGUGUUCAUACAGGUCAGUACAUUUCUUUUACUACUUUGAUUUUUAAUACAGCUUGAACCCACGAGCCAGUUACAUGAAUAUACAUAUUUAAUUUUAGGAGUAGAAGAAGAAGAAUGGAGCUAGUGUAUAUUAAAGAAGGUUGGUGUAUAAGAUUUACCCUUUUUAUAUUCAGAUUUUUUAUUUUGUCAUAUAUCUGAAACUUUAUUUUAGAUACUUACACAUUCAUUUAAGGUGUUUAAUAAAUAGUUGAUAUUGCAGAAUCACAGUAUUCAUUCACAAUGAGUCCUACAAGUAAGAUGAUAAACAUCCACAGUUGCUUUGAGCAGAUUCGAUUUUCAGGCUGAUAGUUGGCUAGAUACCUAGACAUGUUUAUGUUUCGUCUGUUUGAAAAUUAAGUCAAAAUAUAAAUUACACUUAAUAAUGGAAAAGGAACAGACAACUUGUUGCCAAUACCUCAAAUUAUCAUUUGAUGAAGCUAAGUCUAAUGAAAGAAAAGUACUGCAGUAAACAAUCAAUCUAUACAUCUGCACUGAGGAAAAGAAACUUCGGAAGUAAACGCUCAACAAAAAACAACAUGCACUUUUAUCCAGUGUUGUGUGCAUUUUGGUUUUAUUUGUAACUGAAUCUUAAUGUGCCUUCAUGUAACAGCAGAUGUUUUACGGAGUAUAGCAUAGAUAUUCUGUGUUUACAUAUAGUUUUGUAAAGUGUAUAUAGUAUGCUCAGAAAGUAUUGAAAUGCUGUGGAUCAAACUUCAAGUAUCUCUUUGUUGAUAGUUAUGCAUUCAGAUGCCAGAAAAAUAAAUAAAAUACAACCUAAAAUACAUCAUGAUUUAUUGUAAUAAAAUGUGAUAAAAGGUUACCCUCUUUUGUACCAUAUGGAAAGAAGGUAUGAUGGACUUCACCUAUCCACAGGAAAGCAACACUUAAUUCAUGUAGUGGAUCUGUGCUUUCCACUAGUGGGAUUAAACACUUUACCUCAAGGAGACAGGCUGUCUGUACAUAACCUGCUAAUAUAAAACAAGAUAUCCCAAAUUAUCUGUUGCUGAGUGAUUACUGAUCCAAACUUUUGUCAACUAUUUAAAUAAAUAAUGCAGACAGAUGUAGUGCGACACAUAGACUAUUCUCUUCUGAAUGGACGUGUGUAAAUAAAUGGGAAUUGAGAAAAUAUCAGUGGAAGGAGGGGAAAACAGACCCCUGAAAUGGUAUGAAGGACUUCAGCAGUAGAUAUAUAGUGCUUUUGAAGACUGACUUCAUAUUAGUAAUAUCUUUUUCUUCUAAUCUCAUUUUAAUGGAUGCAUCUAAAGAAUCUUUUUCAUCCCUUGGAAGCUUAUGUGCUACAACAUGAUCAUUUAAAUUUCAAUUAACAGACAAUAUUGACAAUUGAGUGAAGUGUUAUUUGCUUACUCAAUAACUGCAUUAACCAAUUUACUGCUUAAAAGUUCAUAAGGUUUAGAUAACAUUUACCUCUGUAAAAUGAAACACAGUAACUUGCAGCAAAGAAGAAAAGGCGGAAGGUCUUGCUCACUGAUUGUUUUUACAUUUUUCUUGGGGAAGAAAAAAAAAAUAUAUAUAAAUUAAGUUGGCACUGCUACAAAAAAAAAAUAUCAAAGUAACUGGGCUGUGUGGGACUCCUAUGGAGAGACACGGGACCCAUCUACAUGAAAUGCUGACUGCGCAGUGGUGUGUCACAGCACUAACAGUGCUAAUACAUUACUAUACAUUAUUAUUCAGCUACUGUGAAGUCGCAUCACUUAAAAGGCGUUUGCCAGCACUACUGUGCAGUAACCCCAGUUACUGCACAUUUAUUUAGUACUUGAUUAUACAAGUACUGAAUAAAUGCACAGUAACCACUGCGCAAUAGCUUCUCGUGUAGACGCGCACACAGGGGUCAGACUCCUCCUUUAAAAGCCAAGGGCAAGACACAGAAACACGCGGGUCCUUACUGUGACUGACCUCAGGUACUACUUCAUCACGGAGUUUUUGGACGGUGCACCCAAAUAGCACAGAGCCAACUGGCUGUGCUAUAUCACCCUGCCCAUCCACGGGGAUGUGUGCUGAAAACUGGCACAGGCAGAACCAUCUGUACCACUGCCUCUCUCUCCUUCCAAUGUGCAAUAAAACACCGGCUGUAGUGGUGUGUUUUUGCAGUUGUGCUACAUCGGGCAUAUUUGUGUAUUUCUCCCUAAAAGUAUAGUGCUUUAAGUUAUCAUACCUUAGAUGAUAAACUAUUGUAAUGCAAAUAUAUUAAAUAUAACAUAGUGCAAAGAAGUUGGUAA